AUUUUCGCCGACAUGAAAGUUCUGGUUCUCUUCGCUCUGGGUCUGGUCGCCCUGGCCGCCGCCCGACCCUCCGACAUCAUCGACUUCGAGGAGGACCACAUGGAGCACGAGCAGGAGGGCGUGCCGGGAACGGCCGUGGAGGGCGAGUACUCGUGGGUAGCGCCCGACGGCAACGAGUACCACGUCAAGUAUGUCGCCGACCGCUUCGGUUACCGCAUCGUCGACGACAACGUGGUGCCCAGGAUGCGCAGCGACGCCCACGAGGCCGAGGAGGACGAUGAUUAGAGAGGAUAUUGUCAAAUAUUAUAGAACAUGUAUGAGGAAGUAAUCAAUUAAA